AUGAUUGCCGGGCGGUUGUCUCUUGGCCGCCUGCGGCCCCUGGCGGCGGCUGCGCAGCCCUUCGCCCGGCCCGUGGAGCCUCGGCGGCAAUUCCGCACGGGCAAGCCCCGGCAACGCGACCUCUUCCAAGAUCUUGGGAAGGAGAUAGCCGAUUUCCGCACAAAGCUGAAAGAAGCCCAUCCUGGCAGCGACUGGAACCCUCUGGGCAUUUCGAAAGGUCUCCCUCCUGAGCGAGCGGACAUAGUCAUUGUUGGAGGUGGGGUAAUCGGCUGGUCCAUCGCGUUCUGGCUGAAGAUGAGAGAGCCGCACAGAGAAGCAAUUCGGGUGGUGGUGGUUGAGAGGGACAUCCGGUACACCAAAGCGUCUACUGUGCUGUCUGUGGGAGGGAUACGGCAGCAGUUUUCCCUGCCCGAAAAUAUCAAGAUGUCCCAGUUCUCCGCCGACUUCUUGCGCUCAAUCAACGAUUACCUUGGCAUUUUCAACGAGCCACCCAUUGAUAUCCAGUUUAAUCCCUCGGGUUAUGUCUUCCUGGCCUCAGAGGAAGGAGCUGCUGUGUUGGAGGAGAACGUGCAAAUUCAAAGGAGCGAAGGAGCUGAGGUGUCCCUGCUAUCACCCGCCCAACUGAAAAAGAGAUUUCCGUGGUUGAAUACAGAUGGCGUGGCUUUGGCUUCCCAUGGCCUAGAAAACGAAGGGUGGUUCGACCCGUGGACUCUCCUCAAUGCCUUGCGGCGCAAAGCAAUGUCGAUGGGUGUCUACCAGAGCGUUGGAGAAGUGACGUCUUUCAGUUGUGCCUCCAACGAACUGGUGACGGCCGACGGGAUGCCCAUUAGAUUCUCCCGUAUCACAUACGCUCACGUCCAAAUGCCGGACAGUAUAGAGCACUCCACGAUAGAGUGUGCCCUGGUGGUGAAUGCAGCAGGUGCCUGGUCGGGGAGUGUGGCGGAGAUGGCUGGCGUUGGGAAGGGGCCACCAGAAUCAUUGGAGGGGAUCGAGCUACCCGUGAAACCGAAAAAAAGGUAUGUCUAUGUCUGGCACUGCCCCGAUGGGCCUGGCUUAGAGACACCCAUGUUAAUUGACACUACAGGAGCUUACUUCCGCAGGGAGGGCAUAGCUGGCAACUACCUUGGAAGCUUAAGCCCCACAGAGGAGGAAGAGCCGGAUACCCAGGACCUGGAGGUAGACCACGAGUUCUUCCAAGAGAAAAUCUGGCCCAAGCUGGCCCACAGGGUGCCUGCCUUUGAAUCCCUAAAGGUGAAGAGUUCUUGGGCUGGUUACUAUGACUACAACACCUUUGAUCAGAACCCCGUGAUUGGCAGACACCCGCUCGUGCAGAACCUCUACUUUGCCACUGGCUUCAGUGGGCACGGACUGCAGCAUUCACUGGCUGUGGGCAAAUGCAUCGCCGAGCUCAUCCUGGAGGGAGAGUACAAGACGGUCGACCUCGGGAGGUUCUGCUUCGAGAGGAUCAUGAAAGGCAACAAGAUCCUGGAGCGGAAUAUCAUCUAA